UGAGUGGUGCACACGUUUGUUUCUAUUUGACCAUCUCAUUUGCUUUUCUUUUGUCUUCUAUGUUCCUUUUGUUCUCCCCUGUUUCCUUUUACAUUGCUAUGUCUCUAUCCUCUGUUUCUUCUUCCCAUCUUCUCUCUGCUUUACUUUUAAUCUUUUGUCUUGUAUACAGAUUCUCAUCUUUGCUUCAUCGGACAUGAUACUUUUCAUUUCAGUUCUUGCAUCCAAGUUUUUUUCUUUUUCUGCUUGUCUCUAAUGGGCAAUUGCUUUGAUUCUUCCGCAAAAGUAGAUAGCAGAGAAAGUCCUUGUCGUGGUUUAUCAAGAAUCUCUGCCAAAAGAAGUCAAUCGUCUCGGUUUUCAAGCUUAACCAUACAAUCACCAUCUUACAACGAUGACAGUAGUUUGGCGUCUCUUCAAAUGCCGAGAAGUGAAGGAGAGCUCUUAGCAUCUCCCACGCUAAAGGCGUUUACAUUUAACGAGCUAAAGACAGCCACUAGGAAUUUCAGACCCGAUAGUGUUAUUGGUGAAGGCGGUUUUGGUUAUGUCUACAAAGGAUGGAUCGAUGAACGCACUUUAUCGCCUUCAAAACCGGGGUCAGGCAUGGUCGUUGCUGUCAAAAAGCUUAAUGAAGACGGGUUUCAAGGACACAGGCAGUGGUUGGCGGAGGUUGAUUGUCUUGGGAGGCUUCACCAUAUCAAUCUUGUGAAACUAAUUGGAUACUGCUCAAAGGGUGAUUUUAUUCGGCUUUUGGUGUAUGAGUACAUGCCAAAGGGAAGCUUGGAGAAUCAUCUCUUUAGACGUGGGGCAGAGCCUAUUCCGUGGAAAACAAGGAUGAAAGUGGCGAUUAGUGCGGCGAGAGGGCUUGCUUUUCUUCAUGACGCUCAAGUCAUAUAUAGAGACUUCAAGGCCUCCAAUAUUUUACUUGAUUCGGAAUUCAAUGCAAAGCUUUCAGAUUUUGGAUUGGCGAAAGUAGGACCAACCGGAGACAGAACACACGUAUCAACCCAAGUGAUGGGAACUCAAGGCUAUGCAGCACCUGAAUACGUUGCCACUGGUCGGAUAACGGCCAAAAGCGACGUCUACAGCUUCGGUGUGGUCUUGCUCGAGUUACUGUCGGGACGUCCGUCCAUAGACAAAUCGAAAGUAGGAGUGGAACGAAAUCUGGUUGAUUGGUCAAGACCUUACUUAGGAGACAAAAGGAAAGUGUUUAGGAUAAUGGACACAAAACUUGGGGGACAGUAUCCUCACAAAGGAGCUUGUUUGGCCGCUAAUACUGCGUUGCAAUGUCUUAAUCAAGAACCUAAGUUGAGGCCAAAGAUGUAUGAUGUGUUAUCUACUCUUGAAGAGUUGGAGAUGACGUUGAAGUCGGAUUCUACUUCAAACUCGGUCAUGACAUUGACAUCUUCUUCCUCUUCUUUGACGGCGAAACAGAGAGUUAGAGCUCCGGUUGCUGAUGCGGUGUUGUCUACUAGAAGAUGUCGUCGUGUUCAGUGAAGUAGCAACAUAACUAGUUAGGCUUUAUGAGUGUAUGCAUUUUUUGUUUUUGUUUUGGAAAAGGUGCUACUGUGUGCGUUUUUGACUUCCAUAUACUAUUAUUACAAUACACACUUUUGUAUAUUAUUCUUUUUAUUUUAUUCAAAUCAGAUUUUGUGGACAUUUUCAUGUGUUCUUCUUUAUUCCUCUUUAGUUUUGAUGAUGAACAAGUUUGUUCUAUACUUCUAUAUGAAGAAGGAGGAAUGUUUGAAGAAUUGUAUGGAUCCACAUAUCUAAUUUUGACAAAACAUUAUUUAUGAAUGGUGAAUAUUUUGAAGAGCAAAGA